AUGGACGACCCCAAGUUCUCCGAGUUGCCACUGGAGAUUGUGCGGUACAUCCUCCUCCAAGGGGCGAGAAGUAGAGAUGGUAUGGUCUUUGCUGCUCGCUGUAUGCGCCUCUCAACCUGGAUACGCCAAUGGAUCGCACCGACAUUGUACCAUACGGUGGAUAUCUGGACAGAGACUCAGGCAGCAAGUUUUGCGGAGGCAUUGGAACAAACGCGCUUCGGAGUCUCACUUCGUAGUCUCGUUCGUUCGUUGACGAUCAAGACGACAGCAUUUGCGGCGUACGAUACCCAGCACACCAAGUCACGCAUGCAUCCGCUCAUGGAAGCCGGAAGCUUUACACCUAUCGGUGCAACGAGCCUAAGCGUGAUGAAGAUCCUCAGAAUCCUCACAGACGAACAAGAACCUGGGCUGCAGGAGGUCUGCAUCCCAAUGGCCCUCAUGGCGACCAAACGAACGCCGGUGCUAAGCAUUGAUUUGCCCAGGUCGGUCACGAUCACUGGAAUCGAUGGUCUGGUGUGGAGUGCAUACGGAUGGGAUAACGUGACCCACGUCCGGCUUACGAGCUACAAUCCGAACUUUCACGAGACAAAAUGGUUCCUCCGCCUGCCAUCUCUUACCCACUUUGCAUUCGCAUUUUACUACGAAAUGCCACUUGGGUUGCGAAUUGCAGAAGAGAUGACAGCGAGUCCCCAGCUCAAAUGCCUCGUUAUGGUUGUCUAUCCGCCCUCUAACGAUCCAAGGGGAAAGCUGGUGGCGAGGCAAAACAAGGAAGCGCUGCUCAAGCUGGACGAACCAAACCUCGUUGUAUGGGAGAGCAAUCCGAAGGCGAUUGACAGGUUUGAGGACGUCGAAUCGAACCGAUUUUGGAAACAUGUCGACGAGAUUGUAGAAAAGCAAAGGGCGGAAAAGGCUGCUGCUCUUGCUAUGCCCUAG